AUGAGUUCAAGAGCAUUAAGAAAGUUACAAAAUGAUGAAGAUUUACUAGCAUCAAUUCUAGGGUCGAAGGAAGCAAGUAUUGAACCUAGAAAGACAACCAAGACACCUCCUAAAAACGUUAAUGUAUUUGCAUUAAUGAAUGAUGUGCAAUCAGACUCUAAGCUUGAUUCUGAACAUGAUGAAUCUAGUGAAUCUGACAUUCCUAUCAUCAGAACACCUAUAUUAUUGACUAAAUCUAAAAAGAAAAAACAAAAGAAAAAGAAUAAACAAAAUAAGAAAGCAAAAGAUCAAAGUGAUAUUGAGGUAAGCCAUGACAGUGAGGAUGACAGAGAGCUUGAUAUAUUAUUACAAGAAUAUAAAAAGAAAGAUGUCAAAAAAUUGAGUGAUUUCCAAAAGGGAAAUCUUGAUCUUGAUAGCGAUGAAGAUUAUAUGACCGCCUCAGAUAACGAAGACAACAAUGAUGUUUACAAUAUCAAUAUCGAAGAACGAAUUAAAGGUGAUCUAAGAAAUGAUACUACUUUUGAGAAAUUCCCUGUUAAAUAUCUAAAGUAUGCUACCAGAUUCUUCAAUCAAGAUAUCAAAAAAUUAGACCCUCAUUCAGAAUUCAAAUUGCUAUUUGAUGACAUAUCCCCAGAAUCGCUUGAAGACAUAGACUCUGUUACAUCGACUUCGAUCUCUCCACAACAAUUAAAACAAAUCCAACGAAUGAAGCGUUUAGUAAGAAAUUGGGGUGGUAAAAACCACAGAACUGUACCAAAUGGACCAGGUGGUAGCAUACAUACUCUAAAAUUUACCAAAGUUAGAGAAGAUUGGAUUCCAACACCAAGGGGGGAAUUAGUUAUGAAAUCACUGGAUAUGAAUAACUUAAUAGAUUGGCAAUUAUGGCAGAGACCUACCGACUGGAAAGAUGUAAUAGAAGAUGAUUUGAAAAGAUGGAAGAAAUAUGUAUCUUUUUAUCGUUUUGAACCAUUGGAUAUUGAUUUGAGUAGGAAAGCAAUGACUGAAUUUUAUUUAAGUGUAAUUGUCCAUCCAGAUCAUGAAGCUUUGAUCAACCUAAUUUCCUCAAAAUUUCCUUAUCAUAUACCAUCUUUAUUACAAGUGGCGCUAAUAACAAUUAGACAAGGUGAUAGGUCAAAUACCAAUGGAUUAUUACAAAGAGCAUUAUUCGUGUUUGACCGUGCAUUGAAGGCCUGCAUAAAUUUCGAUGUAUUAUCUUGUAAUCUCCCAUACAUCUAUUUUUUCAAUAGGCAAUUCUAUCUUGCUAUAUUUAGGUAUAUAUUGGCACUGGCCCAAAGAGGUGCCAUAACUACUGCUGCUGAAUGGUGUAAAGUUUUGUGGUCAUUAAGUCCUACUGAAGAUCCAUUAGGCUGUAGAUAUUUCAUGGAUCAUUAUUUGUUGCUAAACAACGAUUACCAAUAUAUUAUAGAAGUGUCUAAAUCCCCGUUGAUUAAUAGUUAUAGACAGUGGUACACCUUCGGUAUCUCUUUAGCAACUGUGUACAGUUACAUCAAGAUAGAUGAAUAUGAAAAAGCCAGAAAAGAAUUAAAAAAGUGUUUCUACUACCACGGACCUGCCUUGGCAACUUUAUUCGUUGAAAAAUUAGUUGGAGAUCCUUCAUUUUCUGAUAUAUUUACUAUCCACAAUUAUGAUAGUGAAUUAUUAGAAGCUAAAGCUUACAUGGCUCGAUUUGGUGCUAUCUGGAAAGACCCUAAAGAUAUUAAUUUCCUGCACCAAGAAAUUCUUAUCAUUUUAAAUGAGUAUAAGGAGGAUAAAACUCUUUCAGACCUAAAAUUUGUUGCUGAAAAGGAAGAAGACGUACAAGAAAAUGUGUUUUUCAUUAAUGAUAUUCCAAUCAAUCUCUUGAGAUUUGCAAUUCUAUCUGAGGAAUCUUCGAUUAUGGCAGGCAUCCCUGCAUAUAUUUGGUCCGACUAUGAGGUAUACGAAUUUGAUGUUUUACCUCCACAACCAACAUCUAAGGAAUCUCUUGAGGUCUUGGAAAAUGUCAAAAGUUUUAUUAACGAUAAGGAUCUUGCUAUAUCACAGGCAGCAAUGCUUCAAGAUGAGGAUAUGAUGAAUCAAAUCAGACAACUGUCUCUACAACAAUAUAUCCAACAAAACGAGAUAGAAACAAACGAAUAA